GCAAGUAGGUGUUGUUACCAAAGAGUUAAGAUCCAUCAGCUCUUAGUUUUCUGUUACAAAAUUUCAGUCUCAAUGGGGUUCCAUCUCGGGCACAUCUUCGCUCUUCUCACCCUGGCAGUGGUGGCAUUGGCAAGCCAUGCUGCUCUUCCAGUAGCUCAACUUUACUGGAACUCCGUCCUACCAAACACACAAAUGCCGAAAGCUAUCAGUGAACUUCUCCAACCAGCUGAAUCCGUUACUGAAGAUAAGAGCACCUCAGUUGAAGUAGGGAACCUAGGUGCCAACAAGGCAAACUAUCCUAUAAUUUGGCGGCAGGCCACAGAUAACCAUCAACUCCCAAACGCGGCAGCUCUACUCUUCUUGGAAAAGAACAUACGUCCUGGCACAACAAUGAAUUGGCCCUUCGCUAGAAAUACAAACACAGCCACUUUCCUGCCGCGCAGAACUGCCGAAUCGAUCCCCUUCUCAUCUACCAAACUCCCAGAAAUCCUUAAGCACUUCUCACUUGAACCAUCAUCUGUGCAAGCUAACACGAUCAAGGAAACAAUCCAAGAUUGUGAAGCGCCAGGCUUUCAGGGAGAGGAAAAAUAUUGCGCAACGUCCUUAGAAUCAAUGAUUGAUUUCACCACCUCCAAGCUUGGAACAAGUGUUGAAGCCUUGGUAUCGAUAGAGAAGGAAAAAGAAGCAGCCAUGUUUAUGCACAAGUACACAAUAAUGCCUGGAGUGAAGAAGUUGGAAGGCGAAAAAGCCGUCGUGUGUCACAAGCAGAACUAUCCUUACGCUGUGUUUUAUUGCCAUGCAAUAAAACAAACAAGAGCUUAUAUAGUGCCCCUUGUUGGUGCCGAUGGGGUGAAGGCUAAAGCAGUAGCAGAAUGCCAUAUCGAUACAUCUGAAUGGAACCCUAAGACUUUGGCCUUCCAAGUGCUCAAAGUUAAGCCUGGAACCAUUCCCAUUUGCCAUUUCCUUCCCAAUGAUCAUAUUGUCUGGGUUCCAAAGUCGAUCUGAUGGAUGAUCAAUUAGCACUCUGAUUAAAAUAAAGCUUGAUAUAUGUUGUCAAGCAUGAUAUCAAAGCCUUACAAGCUAUAUAUAUAUAUAUAUAUAUAUAGACACACACUUGCACCUAUGUAUAUAACGAUAUAUAUACAUAUGUUGUAUUUGAUCCUUACAUAUCUGUUUACAUAAACCUUGUCUUCUCGAUCAUCACCAUGUAUAGUGGUCAUGUAUGUAUAUAUGUAUGGUCUAUUUUCAAUAAUGGAUAAUAUGCUUUUGA